UUCAGUUUUUAGUCAACGAUUGAAAGGCGGCAAAGAAGAAAACGAGGGCAUUUCCAAAAUGCCCAUCAAUUGAGUGAAUCAAUAAACAUCGAUGGCACUACAAUGUGUAAUUCAACCUAAAAUGUGGUUAGGCCUCAAGCAGAUAUUACUCUAUGUGGGACUCCUGCUCUGUGUGGUCCUUCAGGUCUGUCGCAGUAAAACCCAAUUACAACUCAAUUGUCCCAGUGUCUGUCAUUGUGAUCUACACUCACAGCGAAAUCGCGCAAUAUGCAGCGCCAAACGCUUGAUAAGCGCCAGCAUUGAAAUGUCCAAAAGUGUGGAAUUGUUGGACUUGAGCUACAAUGAUAUCACCAACAUUGACGCCGAUUGCUUUGAGACCACAGUGCAUCUGAUUAAUCUGACGCUGUCCCACAAUGCGAUUCACACAAUUCAUGUGGAUGCCUUUUUGAAGCUGCAUCGUCUGCGAUCGCUGGAUCUCUCCUACAAUCGAUUGGAGCAAUUGGAUGAGCAUUUGCUGGAAACGAACUCACAGCUAAUGCAUCUAAGCCUGGAAGGCAAUAAAUUGGCUACUCUGGGAGAUGCUCCACUGCUUAGAAGUACCUCGUUGCGAUCCCUCAAUCUACGAAAUGCACAGAUCAAUCAGCUGAGCAGCUCGCUCUUGAGUGGAUUGACGCAGCUACGGCAAUUGGAUGUGUCCCAGAAUAUGUUGAUUACACUCAGUAUCAAUGUAUUUCAUGCGCCACGUUAUCUGGCCUCGCUCAACCUGGAGGAAAAUCCACUGAACUGCGAUCGUGCAUUAAUUAAGGUCGCCAAAUGGCUGCGCUUAAGGGGCGUGGCCGUCAGCAUGACCGAUUGCCUGGAGGAGAAACCAGAGACACAUUCGCUGGAUGUGCAACUUAGGGAGUCGGAACCAAACGUGGCUUCUGAUGAACACCUCCAAUUUGAGCGAAUGGAGCAUUUGGAUGAACGGAGCAAUGAUGAACCAAAGCCCGUGGCAUCUAUUUGGCGUGAGUUGCCCGAUGAAUCGGAAGAAGGAGAGGAACAAGAGCAGAAGCAUAUGGAAGAGGAAGAAGAAGAUGAGCUGCCAACACUUAUCGAUGUCUGCGAGGGCAAUCGGGAACAACUUUGCCUGCGUUAUCGCAAUUGCCUGGAGCGUGUCAGUCACGAGUUGCUCGCCGGUGUUGGUGGUGUUGGUGGUGUUGGUGGUGGUGGUGGUGUUGAUGGUGGUACAGCUGAGGACCCACUCAACCAGCAGAAGGUGCCAGGCUUGCACACCUUUGAUGAGGAUGAUGUGAAACUGGCCUUUGCUGUGGGUGCUGCCACUGGCAUCUGUAUGGUCAUUUUCAUCAUCAGCUUCGCUUUGUGCGUGAAAAGCGGCUGCGAGUUGCGAAAGAAGCGACAACAAACGACGACGGAUGGAGAUUCAUCCACGCUAAACUCCUCAGAGCAACAACUGCCCACAAUUCACACCUGGUCGCCUCCAAGAACACGAAAUCCACGUCGUUCCAAUCCGCAGCGUUCCCGUAACGCACCAUCGAGGGCUCUGGUCCGUCAGCCCUAUGGGCCGGAGGAUAACUUUGUGUCGCGACUGUUUGGACGUCCGGCAAGGCAUCAAUAUUAUCGAGCUAUUAAUCAGAAUACGGCAACUCUAAUAAGACGUCUGAGUCGCAGCAAUCUUUUCAGUAGUCGCGAUCGGGAGCCGAGCAGUCCCGAAACUCCACCGACUCCGACUUCCAGAUUCUAUACGGAUGUUGUAGAGACUGGAACGACACGUCCGGAGACACCUCCUCCAAAUUAUGGCGAUGUGGUGGUCAUCGAGAAUUGUGAUAACAAGUAGAAACUGAGCUUUUACAAAAAAAAAAAAUAUACCCUAACCAAACUAGAGACUAGCCCAUAAAUCUUUAAGAACGAUUUAAGACAGCAACAUCUUUAUAUUGUUGAUUCCAACAACAUUUUUUUUUCACAUUUUCUCGUUCACUUACAAAAAUAUCAAUUGGGGAUUCCAAAAUUUUCUUCAGCUACUUUUGUCCUUUAUGUAGUUUUUGUUUGCUGGUUUGCUGGCAUUACUUUUACACGACUGCAACAAAUCGCAAUAAAAACUUUUGACAAAACUAUCAAAGUUGGCAUGAAAUGGAAACAGUAAGAAAAAAAGUCUCUAAAAUUGCCACAGCCAAAUCCCGCCAAACUCCCACACCCUUGCCCAAAAAGAAAGACAAAAAUAAAAGCAGAAAAAAAAAAGAAUUUAAGUAUGAAAACUUUACACACUCAAAUAAAUGCUGAAGCUUGUGUAAAAGAGAGCAGGAAAUGAAGAAGGGGCCAGAAGAGAAGGGAGGACCUGAACGGAUGUAGCAAGACAAAUCGAAAACGCCACAAAAGAAAACAAAAACCGCCCGAAAACCUCUACGAAAAAAAUUGAAAAAAAUGGGGAAAACCCAACAAUUUGCACUGUAAAGCAGCAAAAGUGUCUCAAAAGAAUCAACCACCAAAACUAACCAAACCGCCAUAC